AUGUUAAGGUCUACCGUCUCAUACAAAUUGCCAUGCUGCUAUAAACCUGGUACGGAUCGAAUUGGCAAAUUCGUGGCUAAGAAUCAGUUUACUAUCGAGCUGAUUACCAACUCACUUCUGAGCGUUCCUACAAGAGCCUACACAAGUGGCGACAGUAUGUUUAUCGAUGAUACAGAGUGUGGCAUUCUCUGUUUGUCUCGUUCGGCAAAUCUUGCCAACUUAUACCUUACAGUAGCGGAAAUACAGCACACAAUGACACGUGAGUUUAUGUGCCGAGACGUUCAGCAUUUCCACUUCUUCCUAAUCCUACUCAAAAAUGAAUCCAAACCCCUUGGAAAACUUUUUGAACCUAUCCAAAGCAGGUCAUAUCACCUGGAAACACCUUGCUGCCUUUUCGCCACUAGUUGCUUCAUGCUGACCAAAAACAGUGUCGAUCCUAUUAUUGACAAUUGUGAUAGCAAUGAAUUGGACCCUUUGGUUGUCUUUGCCCAUUUUAUGACGUCUGGUCAGCAAAGCAACAUCGGCAUUGACCGAUGGGACAACCUAACUGUCAUAAAGUUGUUCUCGGCUGCCAUGAAAAUGUUCAAAAAGGACAGAGAGGCAGAGAAUGCGAAUUGA